UACGGCGGAGGCUGUGGACCGCGGCGCCGCGGCUCGCAGAGGCUGCAGCCAUUGCACAGCGGAGCAUCCCACAUUCAACAGGAGGAACCCGCCGGAGACGAGCCCCGAGCCCCCCGCGCCAAAGCCCCCGCAGCCCGUGCGCCCCGCGGCCCGGCGCGCCAUGGCCAAGGAAGGCGUGGAGAAGGCGGAGGAGACGGAGCAAAUGAUCGAGAAGGAGGCGAGCAAGGAGCCCGCGGAGGGCGGCGGCGGCGACGGCUCGCACCGCCUCGGGGACGCCCAGGAGAUGCGCGCCGUGGUGCUGGCCGGCUUCGGGGGGCUCAACAAGCUGCGGCUCAGCAGGAAGGCCAUGCCCGAGCCGCAGGACGGCGAGCUCAAGAUCCGCGUCAAAGCCUGUGGUUUAAACUUCAUUGACUUGAUGGUUCGACAGGGGAAUAUUGACAACCCUCCCAAGACUCCCCUGGUGCCGGGAUUUGAGUGUUCUGGGAUUGUCGAAGCUCUGGGAGACAGCGUGAAAGGAUACGAGAUCGGGGACCGUGUCAUGGCAUUUGUCAAUUACAACGCCUGGGCCGAGGUGGUCUGCACACCAGUGGAGUUUGUCUACAAGAUCCCAGAGGACAUGAGCUUCUCCGAGGCUGCCGCAUUCCCCAUGAACUUCGUCACAGCCUACAUGAUGCUCUUUGAAGUUGCCAACCUCCGGGAAGGGAUGUCUGUGCUCGUGCACUCGGCUGGUGGUGGCGUGGGCCAAGCUGUGGCUCAGUUGUGUUCCACUGUCCCCAACGUGACUGUCUUUGGAACAGCUUCUACUUUCAAGCAUGAAGCAAUCAAAGACUCCGUGACCCACCUCUUCGACAGAAAUGCAGACUAUGUGCAAGAAGUAAAAAGGAUCUCUGCUGAAGGUGUGGACAUCGUUUUAGAUUGCCUCUGCGGGGACAACACCGGGAAAGGUCUCAGUCUUCUCAAACCCCUGGGAACCUACAUUUUAUAUGGUUCAUCCAACAUGGUAACUGGAGAGACCAAGAGCUUCUUUAGCUUUGCAAAAUCAUGGUGGCAGGUGGAGAAAGUGAACCCCAUCAAGCUGUACGAAGAGAACAAAGUCAUCGCGGGCUUUUCCCUGUUAAAUCUGCUCUUCAAACAGGGCCGGGCGGGCCUCAUUCGAGGAGUGGUGGACAAACUCCUAGGGCUCUACAACCAGAAGAAGAUCAAGCCGGUGGUGGACUCCUUGUGGGCUCUGGAGGAGGUGAAGGAGGCCAUGCAGCGGAUCCACGACCGAGGGAACAUCGGCAAGUUAAUUCUGGAUGUAGAAAAGACCCCAACUCCACUGAUGGCUAAUGACAGCACAGAGACAAGUGAGGCAGGGGAAGAGGAGGAGGACCAUGAGGGAGACAGUGAGAACAAGGAGCGGAUGCCCUUCAUCCAGUAACCCAGGACCUGGGUGGGAGAAUGCCAAGGAUUGUUUGGAAGAAGAGGACCCAGCUGAGAAAACUCUUCUGUGCCCCAGUGAACAAAUGCUGUAGUCCAGUGCGUGUCGUGUUUGUCUGCUGUCAGCUGAGCUAAAAAGCUGUUGAUCACUGUUGUUUUUUGAAAUUAAGUGCCAAUCCCAUUCCAUGCAGUAUUAUGUCCCAACCCCAUCUGUUUAUUACACUCUCCCUCUCCCCUGUAUCAAAACCACCCACCUGUGGGUCCUUCUCAAACAGUUCUAGAACAGCCUAGCAGAUUAAUACAAGCCCAAAGGUACAGUGCCUGAGAAACCAGACAUAGGCAGGGACAAGUUUGGAUUGAAAGGUGUGCUCACAGGACACCGUCCUGGUCCUAGGAUUCUUCAGGCCAAUGACACUUUUUGCACCAGCCACCCAUGCCUCUGAGAAGAGCACUUGCCAGUUGGGCUGGCAGAAAGAGGGUAGGCCAGGAGAUGUUUUCAUGAGCCCAUAAGUUGAGAAAUUCUCCAAAUAGUGCUUUUUCUCUCUUUGUUAAAGAGGCAAACUACAGUCAAAAGGUUUGAGCCGCCCUCCUCUACCCAUCUGGUGUUUGACCCUUUCGUUGGUUCUUAUCCGUAAAUGCAGGGAGGCAGGUAUGGCUCUUCCAGGGUGGAAGAUGAGUCAAUGGCAUGAGUUUGAGGACCAGCCACAGAGAUUCUCCAAAACCAUGUCUCAUGAGCAGAAUCCUUCCUCCAACCAUAUUUAUUUUAACUUUAAGAAGACUUACCACAUAUGGGACUAAUCCAGAAGUCAUGACUGGGACUCGCUUGUGUUUGCACACACUUGCCAUCAGUAUUACCAAUUUUGCUAUUUUAAUUCCUGGUAGUAAGUAGCCACCCUUAUUGUAGACUCCCCCCAAGGAAGAGUUCCCCUGUAGACCGUAUUUGGUAAAAAAUCAAUGAGUAUCCUUUUUCUUGCCAAAGCAUGUUCCAACAUGUCACGAACUCUAGUGAUACAGAAGGUUGAUGUUCAGCAUCUGAUGCCAAAUGUGUAGUUCCUCCCCUCUGAUACAUAAAACCAUGGUGCAGACUCUGCAGGGCCCCUGCUCUUUGGAAAUCAGGGAUCAAGCUACUGGCUUGCACACCUUAUUCAAUUUUCAAGCUCCUAAGCUCUUAAGAACUCCACUCCCAUCCCCAUGCCAUUUGAUCGGACUUGAGAGGCGAACACAGUUACCCUUGAGGAAUAGAAAGAGUCUCAAAGUCUUUCAAAGGGAUAUCCUCAUUCAUUCCUCUUGGCCAAAAGGGUUAACUCCAUCUCUCCCAAACCAAGAUGGAAACACAAGGAGCCCAUGCCAUUAGCACUCCAACUUUUCUUGUGUUCUGGAAAAUAUCAGAGUAUUCCCAUAUUGCCCAGUUUCCCCACCAAUAAACCUUAGGGUGGACCCAGGUGGCAGGGAAGAAUGCAUUUCUGUGAUCACCUGUGUGAUUUCCAAAGUCCCUUUGUAACCAGUGUCACCCCCUGCUUUAUGUUAUUUUUCUCCUAUCCUAAGCUUGUGAUGAUGACUUAUUUAUACCGAAUAUUUAUCUGAAGGGAGUUUCUCGUCAUUGUGAAUGUACGUGUAAAAUACGGAGACAAGAAAGUGUGCUGUCAUCCGGCUAGCCAAGGGAUCAGAUUAUCUGAAAAGAGGACACCGACGUCACCUUCUCUUCCUGCCCCAGGACUCCCCAGUCUUCCAGUUCUGGGCCAUCUAGAGAGAUAAUGGGGUGUUUAUUCCCCCAUUACCUUUGCCAAGUGCCAUAUCAUUGGUUGUAUUUCUCUGUUAACCAUGCUGAAAAGGAGGUCUUCAGAAGAACCACUAUUCGAGGGACGAUUCUAGUAAGUUGGGCAGAAAUGGCAUCUUCUAGGUCUGGAGGAGCUAAGAGCCACUGGCUCCCGGGGGAGUGGGAGCGUCACUACAUCCAGAAUCCAAACAGCCUUUGUGAGGUCCAGAGGAGAAGGAUGAAAAGUCAUUCUUCCCCAAAUCUGUGUUUUUGUUUUUCUUUUUAACUAGUCAGGUGAAUCCCUUAAUCGCAAAUUAUGCCAGGUGGUUAAAGAAAACCCUUUCCUCUCCUCAGAACACGGAAUGAGAAAACUAGAGCUUGACCAAUAAGAUCAAUUUCUGCCAUCAAGCAUGGGGGGGGGUGGGGAAAAUAAAAUAUUAAAAUGAACUGUUUAAUGUACUCUCAUUUUAAGCACCUUCUUUCCCGUCUCUUGGUUGUUUUUGUUUUUGCUUUUUUUCUGAAGGAAGCGUAAAGAACAUCUCAGUUUGCCUUAAAGGAACUGUGAAGGCUUCUCUGUAAUUUAAGCUCGAUUGGAAUGAACUGAAACAUUGUCUAAUGUCUUUGUGGCUUUAGAGCUUUCGUUAUAUUGUGCCUACAAAGCGAAUUAUGUUUACAUAAAAAAUAUAAAUAAAGUAUUCAGCAUAGCAAAACCUC